AGCAGUAGAUUUUUUAUAGUUUGUUAUCGCGGAGUUGCAUUUUACAGAUGGUCCCGGGGCACUCUCUGUCUCACACUCGUCUCGCUGGUGGAUUGUUGGAUCGAGUAUUGUGUUCACUUCUGGAGGCCAGCGGUUAUCCUCAGUAUGGAUUUAGAAGGCUGGUACAUGGACAGCUCUGAUGAAGACAAGAGGAAGCCGCACAGACUGAAUCCAAACCAGCCUGCUUCCCUGGACGUAUUGGCAAAGCUUGGGGUGUUUUACAGAAAGCUGAAUGCUGAUUUCUAUGAAACCGACCCAGAGCUGGAGCAGAUCCGCAAAGACCAGGGAUACAGCUACAUGGACAUCAUCACUAUUCACAAAGAUACACUACCUGCCUAUGAGGAGAAGCUAAAGAUGUUCUUUGAGGAGCACCUGCACUUGGACGAUGAAAUCCGUUAUAUUCUGGACGGCCGGGCCUACUUUGACGUCAGGGACAAGGAGGACAGAUGGAUCAGAAUUGCUAUGAAGAAAGGAGACUUGAUCACGCUACCGGCAGGAAUCUACCAUCGGUUCACCCUGGAUGAGACCAACUACACUAAAGCCAUGAGGCUGUUUGUGGGGGAGCCUGUGUGGAAGGCUUACAACCGUCCAGCUGAUGACAUGGACAUCCGGACGAACUGAGCAGAUUGACAAGGAGUCCUUCUUUCUCCUGGAUGGAGUCAGCCUGACCUCUCUCCUUGGACAACGGCUGAAAUUUCAAAGUCAUCGAAGUACGCCUAGAGUCAUAGAUGUAGACAAAAUGGGUUAUGUGUGUUUCAAGAUCUUUAGACAGGGGCAUAAAACAUAUUUUUGCCCAUCUGAGAGUGGCACAUAAUGUAAUGUAUACUGCACUUCAUAUUGUUUCCAGUGUGCUCAGGUUGGGUGCCAUCAUUCAUUUUAUCACAUUGUUUAGGAGACACCAACUGGGUCAUGCAGUUGGAACAGAAAACAGUUUGCUCACUGACUUGAUUCACACAGUCAAUUUUUUUUUAAUACAAAUAUUUUCUACUAAUAUAAAUAUUAGUUUCUCAUGGACAUUUAUUUAUUUUAUCUACAAACCUCUUAUCUGUUAAUGUCACUGUACAAGCUCAACAUAUUAUUGACCGUAAAUUGAGCCAAUACUAAACAUUGUCAAUAAUAAUUUAAGACCAAUACUAAGAUUUUGCACUUCACAAUUUCAUAUUUUUGCAGUUUGGAACAUUUUAGAGUUAUAUGUUGCCAGCUUUUUCUGUCCCACUGUAGUUUGAAGCGACCUCUGGAUCUACUGGCAAAAAUUUCCAAAAUAUUGUUCUGAAUUGAAGUUAGUCACAAAUAGGUUCACUGAUGCUUUUAAUUUAUUUAUUUUUUUUGGGGGGGGGGGGUAUUUUUAAUACAUUGACGUUAAUUAUUCUGCUCCAGAUUAGACUUUACUGUGUUUACAGUAAUGUGCUUCUUUAGUUUGUGUGUGUGUGCAUGUUGACACCGUGGACAGAAUGCAAGUCUAUCACAAGAUUGACAUAUAGACACAAACAACCCGUCAUGCUCACAUUCACCCCUACGGACAAUUUGGAGUCUCCAGUUAACCUGCAUGUCUUUGGGUUAAAGCAGCGGCCAAGGGGAGAACAUGGAAACUCAAACACAAAAAGGCAAAACUGUGGUUCGAACCCAGAACCUUCUUCAUCUGUGGUCGCCAUAUUUAGCUCAUGUAUAUUAAGGUCUAUGUUAGAGACAUUCCCUUUGUUGAUAUGUACAUUUGCACUCUUCUAUGGUACUUCAAAUGUAGUUCCUGUCAUGUUGUGCAACUUCACAUUAAAGUGAUGUUAAUGUACAAAUUGCUUAGUUUGGAAGCACAUUACAGAACAGGCACCAAGAGUAUCCUGUGCUGUUACAAUCAAAUAUUAAAUUCUCAACAAAAACAAAUCAGUCCUUGUCCCAUCGUUGAUAAAGUUGUUAUAUCUAACCUAUAAUACGAACUUUGAAUCAAUCAGGUUCUUGUUUUUUUCUUCUUCAGAUUGGAACUAACAUGGUGGAGUACCUGAACAGAGCUGCUACAGAGAACCUAUAUGUUUUUGCUGCUUGUUGAUGCUGGGGAGAGGCAUCAGUGUUCCCAAGAAUUUAGAUGAACAUUCUAAAUUAUGAACAGUUACAAUACAACUUUGAAACGAUCAUUAUGAAGAUCCAACAAUACUGUUGAAGUUAAUUAGAUUAUAUGAAACCAUUCCUGAUGACAGCGAUUAGAGAAUAAAAAAGAUUACAUUUUUAAAUCUGUUGAUGACUGUAUUGCACCACAUUCAAAUAGGAACCCACAGGUCAUUGAAAUGCCUGUGUAGUAUGAACACCCCGAGACCUUUAGACUAGAGCUGUAAUAAAAUGACCAUGACCAUUCCUAAUCUUCAUGUGUUGAAUGACAGUCCCAAUAACACUGCAUACGAUGGAGCAUUUUCUGAAGCUAUGGCUAAGAUGAGGGGGCUGAGACAGGAGCUUAAGGUGAAUGCUGGCAAGGACAAGUGCUCAUGGGAUUGGUUAAAACAUUUUGGGGGAAAAUGGGGAGCACUGUAUGAAAACAGGGAUCAGUGCAUGGGCUGUCCUAAUUGUAAUUCUUCUAUUUGCAUGUUUGCAUCAUACAAACUGAGGAAGAAAAGUCAGAGGACCAUGGACAGACAGAUGAGCAUUAUGGCCAACAUUCAACUGGCUCAAGUGAUGAACGUGAUGGCGACAGGUGGAGUAUGCUGGAGAAAUCGUUCUAAUAAUGACCAUAAAUCACAAGUUACAAUGUAAAGCAAUCUGUCUGUCAAUGUUACAGAUGAGUAAGUUUUUAAAUUAGAUAUGUUUUAGUUAGUUUUGAGUUUAAGCAAUUUUUUUCAUAUUCCGGUUGUACGCUGAUUGAUCACACAAGUAUUAUAUGCAUUUUGGGUAGUAAUUACACUUUCGUAUUUUAUCUGGAUUUCCAUUUUGUAAUUAUAUUUUGUGACUAUUUACAAGUCAUGAUUUUCAUAUUUUACAGUUUUACAUUUUGUAACAGCAGAGCUGUAAGGUAGAUUCAAUUCAUGUCAAGAUGGUGGUGUUGUGAACCACAUCUCGAAAUAAACGUCUCCCGCUGAAACUGUU